CGGAAGCUCCGUUUACCAAACCGUUACUUACGUGCCUAAUCUAAACCGAUUAAAUCAAUUUAUAUCAAUGUCAGAACCGGAAACAACUGAACCGGUACUGAAAACGAUUGAACCGACCCUAUGUCUUCCUUCCUCUCUACCCAAGCAACGAACGGACUUCCCCAUUAAAGGGAAAGAAAGACAAUCGAGUCUCGAGUCUGUGAAACCAAGUCUCGCGAGUGGGAGAUUGUAGCCAUGGCAGGAGUAUCGCUCAAGUGUGGCGAUUGUGGGACGCUGCUGAAGUCCGUGGAGGAGGCUCAGGAGCACGCUGAGCUCACCUCUCACUCCAAUUUCGCCGAGUCCACUGAGGCCGUGCUCAAUCUCGUUUGUACUACUUGCACCAAGCCUUGUCGCUCAAAAAUCGAAAGCGAUUUGCACACGAAAAGAACAGGGCAUACUGAGUUUGUAGAUAAGACAUUGGAGACAAUCAAACCCAUCAGCUUGGAAGCUCCUAAGGUUGCCAUGGAGAUUGAUGAUAAUGCUAGUGGUAGUGGAGAGGCUGCAGAAGAGAUGGUUGUUCCAGACGUUGACAAUAACAUUCUCGAGGAACUUGAAGCGAUGGGCUUCCCUAAAGCUCGUGCUACCCGAGCACUCCAUUACUCUGGUAAUGCCAGUCUUGAGGCUGCAGUUAAUUGGGUGGUGGAGCAUGAGAAUGAUCCUGACGUAGAUGAAAUGCCAAAGGUGCCUUCCAACUCCAAUGUUGGGCCUGCCAAACCUGCUCUUACGCCAGAAGAAGUGAAGCUAAAAGCACAAGAAUUAAGGGAACGUGCACGGAAGAAGAAAGAAGAGGAAGAAAAACGGAUGGAACGUGAAAGAGAGAAGGAGCGAAUUAGGAUUGGCAAGGAACUCUUAGAAGCAAAGCGGAUGGAAGAAGUAAACGAAAGAAAACGUCUUAUGUUUUUGCGUAAAGCUGAGAAAGAAGAAGAAAAACGGGCUAGGGAAAAGAUCCGUCAAAAGCUUGAAGAAGACAAGGCUGAAAGAAGGCGAAAACUCGGAUUGCCUCCGGAAGAUCCUGCAACUGCAGCUGCAAAACCCUCAGUGCCAGUUGUGGAGGAGAAGAAGGUUACAUUGCCAAUUAGACCGGCCACAAAGACUGAACAAAUGAGAGAAUGCUUGAGGUCCCUUAAGCAAGCCCACAAGGAGGAUGAUGCUAAAGUGAAGAGAGCGUUCCAGACUCUGCUGACUUACAUGGGAAAUGUCGCUAAGAAUCCAGAUGAGGAAAAAUUCCGGAAAAUUAGACUCACCAACCAAACAUUUCAGGAAAGGGUUGGUUCGCUAAGAGGGGGCAUAGAGUUCAUGGAGCUAUGUGGAUUUGAGAAAAUUGAAGGAGGAGAGUUCUUGUUCUUACCUAGAGACAAGAUCGAUUCAGCCAUCAUAAACUCAGCUGGAACAGAACUCAACUCCGCCAUCAACAACCCUUUCUUUGGAGUUCUUUAAAUCCAUGCCUCUUCUUAUGAAACUAAAAAAAAAUUCGGAUAUCUCUAUGAAUAAUACUGGCUAGUGACAUUCUUUUUGUUUUGCUUAAAUAAGUGGAAAAUUUGGAGAGCAGAACUAAAAGCUUCCAUUACUGUUUAAUCCGUCUUGUUGUUUGCAUUGUAACUUUUAAGGUAAAAAAAAUGACAUUUCCAUA